UUUUUUUUUAAAAAAAAAAGAAAAAAUACAUAUAUCUUUUUUAUUCUAAAUAUGGUCUGUUUAGGACCAAGAAAAAAAGAAAAAAAGAACUCGGAUGAAGUGAGUAGUAAUAGUUUAUCACCGAGAAGUAUGAACAAUAAAAAGGCAGCCAAUUCGAAAUUAAAACCAAAUAAUGGUAGCCAUAAUCUGUUGGCACCACCACCGCCUUCUUCCAUGAAUGGAAAGAAAUCACCUCGUUCAUCUUUUGAUUCCACAAAGAAAUCGACAUUACAUAGACCUUCCUCUCGUAAUGCACUCCUACCCACUGGUCAGACUCCUACUUCAGUUCGUCCUCAAACCACCCCUCAAAAGUCUCCUGUUACAAACUCAAGACCUAAUAGUGCAAUGUCGGUUAAGAGCCAUCAUUCAGUGGCUUCCUCAACAAGACCUAAUAGUGCAAUGUCAGUCAAGAGUAAUCAUUCAAUGGCUUCCUCAACAAGACCUUCCUCUUCAAGAUUUCCUAAUACUAGACGAUCUCCUAUUACAGAAAUGAAAGAAGAAGUGAAAGAUUUAAAAGCCAAGAAUGAAGAAAACUUAAAAUUGAUUGCAGACCAAAAAGCGGAGCUUGAACGCUUGAAACAGCAAUUAAGCAAUCAAGCAUCCCAAGCCCAAACACCUAGUGAAGAAGAAGAAGAAGAAAACAGGUUGUUAAAGACAAAGGAGGAACUUUUAGCUCAACGAGAAAAGGAAAUAGAAGAACUUCGAGUUAAAUUAGAAGAACAAGAAAAGUGUCGUCUUGCUACUGCUUCUCCUAGCAUCAUGAUCCAGUCUGAUGAAGAAAGCCUAUUAGCAGAAAAAGAAAAGGAAUUGAAGGAAAGGGAAGCAGCAUUGGAAGAACAAAAAAGGCGGUUAGAGUCUGAAGCACCGCAAAUUGAUGAAGUAGCUACACAAUUAGAGGUGUUAAAAUUACAGAAUCUGGAAGCUGUCAAUCAACUUGCAUUAAAAGAAAAAGAACUUGAAGAAUUACGUUCAUCUAUUUUUAAUAAUUCUGCUAAAGAACAAAAAGAGGAAGAUAAAAAAGAAGCUCUAGAAAAGAUUGAAGAAUUAAAUAGACAACUUGAGGCACAAAAAAUAGCACAUGAACAAAGCCUUCGUCUUCAUGAAGAAGCAUUAGCAGAAAAAGAUGGUUUAUUAAAGGAACAAAAGGAAGCCUUAGAAGCACUUCAAAACGAUCAUGAAGAAGAACUUCGUAAAUUAAAGACAGCACAAUCACAAAGUGUCAUUGCUCUCAAAAAAAAGCAUAAACAAGAUCGACUUGAAAUAGAAAAACAAUUAGAGACAGCCAAAAAGGAAGCUGAAUCUAAUCCAAAUACAUCUGUCAAUCUUGAUGAACACCUUGAACGUCUUCUGCAAGAAGUUGAGCAGGCUGAACAUACAUAUACUGUUCAAAUUCAAGACCUAGAGCAAUCCCAUCAAUCUGAAUUGGACAGUUUACAAAAUGAUCAAAAAGCUGAAUUGAACAAGUUAAAACGUACUCAGGAUUUGACUCGAGAUAAAUGGUCAUCACGCUAUAUACCUACUGAGGCAGUCUCUUGGCCAUUACCCAAAAGUGAGAAUCUAAACAAGUUACGUUCAACGCCAUCACUUGUUGAAAGUAAAAGUAAAACACUUUUAAGAGUUUUAGGAAGUAUGCCUGCGAAUCAAAAACCCGAGCCCGUCUUGACACCGCUCAAUCCUAAAAAAGUACAAGUGUACUACUCCUCUGUUAGUGGAAACCCAGUGAUUAAAAGGAAUCAAGAGCAUAUACAACAAUUGCUUACUUCAAAUAAUAUUAAAUUUCAUUUAGUAGAUGUUGCAGCAAGUGAAGCAGCUAGACAGUAUGCAAAGAAAUGCAAUAAUAAUGGUAAAUCUGAAGGCAGAAUUAAAGAAUUUCCUCAACUUUAUGUGGGUGGUGAAUACAGAGGUCAAUAUGAAGAUGUAGUUUAUGCUAUUGAUAAUAAUCAACUUGAAGAGUUAUUGCGUGCAGCAGCUGAACGAAACUUUACUCCUGAAGAAAGAGCAGCAAUUCAAAAAGCUGAAAUAAAUGAAGAAAUGGCAGCUGCUGUACCCACCAUGCCAAGCUUACCACCUAUAGAAAAUGGACCUAAAUUAAGAUCUACUCGAUCUGUAGCCAAACCAAUUAAGAUAAUAAAGGAUUAUGAUGAAGAUGAAGAACUUUUCAAGGAGCUUGAAAAAGAAUUGAAAGAAGGAAAGAUAAAUCUUGAUGAUUUAUAAUACGACUACUCUUUCUCAACUUAUAUACACUACACUAUGAUGCCCCCUCCCCUCCCUCCACAUUAUGUACUUUAAAAUAAAUAUGAAAUAACACGGAUUUUUUCUUUUUCAUAUUUUAUUUUAUUUUAAUAACAUAUUAAAUGAUUAUUACAAAGUGUAAA